AUGGCCGCUUUAAUCGGCGACUUGGUACCUGAUAUCUCUCGAUUUCAUGAUAUGAUUGUCAACCCGUCUUCACGGCAGAACCACCGACAGCACCAAUCCCCACCUCAACGCCAGCGCUCCCACUCCCGAUCGCAGGCUCAAGACUCUCCGCCACGUCGCUCUUCGAGCCGACCGCGCGCUGCUGCCUCGACUCCACGAUCCCAGAGACGUGACGAGAUCGAGAGCUCGGCUACCGACCGACGCAACUCUUCUGGCGCUGCGACGCGCUCACCCACGCAGCAGAGGGCACGAAAGUCUGCUGCAACCGACGGCACUUCAUCGGCAGACGGAGCUUCUUCCAAGUUUCCCUCCCCGCCGCCGUCCUCAUCGCCCCCAGUUGCCAGUGGUACGUCGCCGGUCGAUGAUGCGAAGGAGGCUUCAAUGGCAUCACAGACCGGAGACGUUGUCUCUGCAGCCCAUCAGCCUCUGCGCAAUGCCCCAGGCUCAAUGAACGCGGCUGGACGGCAUCAGCAACCGUCGCCGCCAUCCAGCCAAAGUUUUCACAUACCCGACUCUUCGUUAGCAUCCUCAUCUUUUAGCCACGCUGGGCCGAGCUCAACACAGCAGACAUCGCAAGACAGCCAACAAACAGUCAUUCAUGUCCGGGAUUUGGCGCAUAUGCAGAGCUUGGCAGAUGCUCAGAUGCUGGGGGGAAGCAGCUCUACAUCAUUGGAUCCAAAUGCCCAAAUCAAGUAUGAAAUCAGUGGGAUGCCCAUCGCUGAUAUUAUUGAAAUGGUGGCUGCCUUGCUCACCAAGAUAACCACCACCAACGACCUGCAACACGAUGCCAUGCAGCGAAACGUUGCGCACCAGCAGCAAGCUAACCAGUCAAGCGACUCUGGUUCCCACAUGAGUCCCCUAAGUCAUUCUGUGUUGGCGUUUCAUGGCAAAAACGUUCCUGCGAUUACAAUCUUGAGCUACCUCUCCCGCAUACACAAGUACUGCCCGACGACCUACGAGGUGUUCCUCAGCUUGCUAGUCUACUUUGAUCGUAUGACGGAGCGUGUCAAUGAAAUCGUCAUGAAGAGCGAGCAAUCGCGAAGUCGAGCGGCAUCACAAUCGCACCCCCAUCCUUCUGGGACAUCGCGCGGAGACACUACGAUGCACGACAAUGCUCACGAAUCUGACGAGAGCGAUUCGGACUUGGCAGACGACGAUGACGAUGACGACGCCAUGGUAGACUCCCCUACAGCAUCAGGCGGACGAAACGAGUCUGGAAAGGCUGCGACUGUACCGGAGGAUCGAGUCCCAGUUAGUCCCGCAACAUAUUUCGUGGUCGACAGCUUCAACAUCCACAGAUUGAUUAUUUCUGGGGUGACUUGUGCUAGCAAGUUCUUUUCCGACGUCUUUUACACCAAUUCUCGAUACGCCAAGGUCGGAGGUCUCCCUCUUGCUGAGCUGAACCAUCUCGAAAUUCAGUUCCUCGUCCUCAACGACUUCCGCCUAGCCGUCCCCGUGGAGGACCUCGAAGCAUACGCAACCAUGCUGGUUGAAUUUUAUGCCCGUGAAGUAAUGACGCAAAAGUCGGCAACAGGAGCGUAG